GCCGUCUCCACUCACUCGUAAUUACUUUAAAUAUGCUUGUAUCAGAUUUAGAGUGAACUAUCUAUCAAGGAGAAGAGGGUUGUGAUUUGACUAACUGAAAUAAUAUAUAAGCUGAUUCCGCUGGAUUAUUUUAUAUAAACCGAUCAUUGGAAACUUAUCGGAACGCAAAGAAGCUUGUAUAACACAAUCAUUAUAAAGGUUAAUAUGACGUCAGCAUAUGUAAGCCUGGGCGUCAUCGCCGCAGCGGUAAUGGUUUUGUGGGGAUAUCCAGAAACGCAAGCGGACUGUUCUGCUAAGCGUGGUGUCUCAGAUCUCAAGAUCCCACAAGGACUGGAUCUAUCAACAUUUAACUCCAUGAUCGUUAACAAUCUCAUGGGCGAGCUUUACUACGCCAUGAAUUUUGAGACCAAAUACCUUCCGGACGUGAAUUAUUUCUCACUCAUCACCAGAGAGAGCGACACUGUAUACAGAUUAGCCUCAGUUGGGGAUUCAGUAGGGACAGUUCCAAGGUGUAACACGUAUAGCAAGUAUCUUUAUACAGAGACGUCGACUGAUACUGCGGAGGCUCGAUUCCGCAUUGGCAAUUCAACUACAACCGAUGUCUAUUUCUCUUCCUGUCCAACGGACUAUGUUUGGUUCAUGCAAUGCAGGAAACCGUACGGUCCAAAGCUCAAAAAGUGUGCCGUUGGUGAUACCUUCCUGGGACUGUUCAUUAUCCAGCAAAACAAGUCUUUGAUUCCCGGAGAUAGGGAGUUCUUGAAUAACCUCCCUUUUGACAAGAUGGUGAGAGAUGUUUGCCCAACAGGAAUGAAGUUUGGUUUGCCGGAUUUGAAGUGGUAUUUCUCAUUCGGAAAAACAGUAAACUGUGCAGGGCAAGAUGUCUUCAGCAAAUAUAUCCCUAAAUGAUGGCUAUAGAGAACAAUGCUGAAAAAAGAACAACCCGCCAAAAAAAUAAACAAAGGAAUCAACGUUACAAUAAUGACGUCUGUCCUAGCUAAGAAUUCAAUUUCUACAAGCGUUUAAAGUACUUACAACUUGAAUUGUGUGACAAAGUUCAAAGACUACUGUAUUGCGUGACGUCAUUCUGUUUACUUUGUUUCAUAUUUCUGCUUUGUGUAAAUAUCGCUUUUAAUCAUUACCUGAAGGCUUUUAAUUUGUUAUUUUAUUGGCCAAUAAAUUGUUUUGAACACUCAAA